CUUCCGCUGCGCGCCGGGCCGAAGCAGAGCCGCCUGCGCUGCCACCGCGGCCGCCUACACACACACACACACACACACACGCACACACUCAUACACACUCACACGCACCCCCGCCCGCCCUUCUCCCCGCCCCCUCCCCAGCUCCUUGAUCUCUCGGUCUGUUUUAUUACUCCUGGUGCGAGUCCCGCGGACUCCGCGGCCCGCUAUUUGUCAUCAGCUCGCUCUCCAUUGGCGGGGAGAGGAGAGCAGCGGAGAAGGGGGUGGGGUGGGGAGGGGAAGGGAAGGGGGUGGAAACUGCCUGGAGCCGUCUCUCCGCGCCGCUGUUGGUGCUGCCGCUGCCUCCGCCGCCGCCUCCGGCUCCUCGCUCGGCCCCUCUCCGCCUCCAUGUGCCGGAUAGCGGGAGCGCCGCGGACCCUGCUGCCGCUGCUGGCGGCCCUGCUUCAGGCGUCUGUAGAGGCUUCUGGUGAAAUCGCAUUAUGCAAGACUGGAUUUCCUGAAGAUGUUUACAGUGCCGUCUUAUCGAAGGAUGUGCAUGAAGGACAGCCUCUUCUCAAUGUGAAGUUUAGCAACUGCAAUGGAAAAAGAAAAGUACAGUAUGAAAGCAUCGAGCCUGCAGAUUUCAAGGUGGAUGAAGAUGGCAUGGUCUAUGCCGUGAGAAGCUUUCCACUCUCUUCUGAGCAUGAUAAAUUCCUGAUAUAUGCCCAAGACAAGGAGACCCAAGAGAAGUGGCAAGUGGCAGUAAAGCUGAGUCUCAAGCCAACCUUAACCCAGGAGCUGGCAAAGGUAUAAUAUUGGAGCUGAUGUCUACAAAACAAA